AUGAUUUGUCCCCACUGUACUGAAUGUGUACACUGCCUGGUAACUCCCUAUGGUGAUUAUCCCGAAAAAAUGCGUCCAUUGGGCGAUAAGGAGCUCAUCGUGCCUUGGUCUCGCAAUCCCUCCAAAUGUGCUGAUUGUGCAAGAGCCGAGGUGAAGGGAGAAGUUUGUCCAGUCUGUCAUCGUGCCUAUGGAUCUCAACCUCUCGAACUAAUCCGUUGUGACGCCUGCGAACAAUGGAUGCACACCUCCUGUGCUCAAUUUAGCAUUGAUCAAUUUGAACUGAUGAGGCUCUAUCCCAAACAACUGCGAAGUUAUGUCAUCCUUUGUACAGCUUGUGAGCCAAACCAGGAGAAGUUUCUUAAAAAGAAUAAGGGUGGUGGUGGUGAUAAGAAACAGCUAUGCCAACUCAUGUGCACGGCCCUCACAGCGCGGUUGAAUGCCCUGGUAGACGCCUGUGCAAUGCAGCCCCUUGUUGUUGGGGGUGAAACUUCCUCGUACUCAUUUCAUCAUCAGUACACUCCCACAUCCCUGGCCUCCUCCUCAACAACAACGGCUGAUCGACGAAAUUUUGCUCAAGCUUCUUCGCCCCUUGAUUACACUGCCACCUCCUAUCGUUACAUGCAUCAAAUGGAUGGUAUGAAUGAUAGCGAUGAAGAUGAAUUCCACCCUGAUCAACAAAUUGGGCCAGAGAUGCGGGAAGAGUAUGAGGGGCUUGAAGAAGGCGAGGAAGAAGGAGGCGAAGUCGAAUUCCAUCCGCCUGAUGAGCAGAUUCCUGAGGUGAUCAACCAGGAUGCCUAUAUGCCCUCGUGGUUAAUUCAUGAUGAAUUGACUCCACCUCCUAUUAGAGCUGAUUGGCUGUUGAAUUCUCUGGGAUCGGAAUUUUGGAUCACUCCUGUGAGUAUUUGA